CAGCAAUAAUGUUAUCAGUCUGAAUUUAGGAGGACCUCCCAUACACAGGAGGACUGAUGAAUUAACCUGUGAGGCCACCACCAACAUUGCUAGCAAGUUGACCUCCAAAUGAACCACCAACAUUACCAACAAGUUCCCCACCAACUGAACCACUACCUGGACUGCCACCAGGAAUGUUGCUAACAAGUCCACCCCCACCUGAACCACCAUUUAAAAGUCCACCACUACCUGAGCCACCUGAACCCCCACUAACAAGUCCACCACUAUCUAAACCACCACCAACAAGGUUGCUAACAGGUCCACCAAGGUUACUAACAAGACCACCACCACCUGAACCACCACCAAGUAAACCAUUUAUGAGUCCACCACCAUCUGAACCACCACCAAGUAAACCAUUUAUGAGUCCACCACCAUCUGAACCGCCACCAAGUAAACCACUCAAGAGUCCACCACCACUUGAACCACCACCAAGUAAACCACUCAAGAGUCCACCACCACUUGAACCGCCACCAAGUAAACCACUCAAGAGUCCACCACCAUCUGAACCACCACCAAUGAGGCUUCCAACAAGUCCAUUACCUCCACCACCUGAACUGCUGCCCAGAACACCACCAAGAAGUCCACCACUUGAACCGCCACCAGUUAAACUAUUUACAACAUUACCAACAAGACCAGUAGCUAAAUUGGUGACAGAAAACACUAAUCUACCAGCUUGGUCAACAAUGCUAAAAACUACAUUAAGGACUGAGCCAAGAGUAUUUGUAACUGCAUUCACAAGAGAACCGAGUAAGCCAGUCUGUAAAAAAAAGACAAAGAAACAUAUAUAA